AUGAGCUCUUCAUCAUCUCGACGGCGGAAGACUGCUGGCGCGUCCAAUGUCAUGCUCACGAACGCCGCUUAUUUUCCAAACUACAAGAUCUAUAACGGCGCUUCGCCGGGUAUGAUGAACUAUAGUUGCAUUAACCACGUGUACUACGCUUUCGCUAACGUAGCGGCGGACGGUUCCGUGUUUUUGAGCGAUGAGUGGGCAGAUACUCAAGCCCCUUGCGACGGAGUCCAAGGUGGGCUUGGAUCUUUGAUGCAUCUUAAGCAGAAGCAUCCGCAUCUGCAAGUCACCAUAUCAAUCGGUGGCGGCACUUCAAGUGAGACAUUCCCGGUCAUUGCUUCUAACGCCCUGCUGCGAGAUAACUUUGCGCGAUCUGCGCGAGGUUUAGUGGAGGCCUCCGGUAUGGAUGGUAUUGAUAUAAACUGGGAAUAUCCUAUCGACCCCCAGCAAGGGGCCGACUUCGUUGCGCUCCUGGCCGCCGUGCGGGUCCAACUUCCGGAGGAGCAGUUCUUCGUCACGGCAGCUCUCCCAGCAAGUCGCUCAGUUUUGCAUAAUAUCGAUAUUGCGCAAGCUACGUCCUAUCUCGACUACGUGAAUCUGAUGGCGUAUGACUUUUGCGGUUCAUGGUCACAACGAAGCGGGCACCAAGCCCAAUUGUACUCGAUGAGCAAGGACGAGACAUCAGGAUCGUUUGGUGUCUCGUACCUUGUGGGCCACGGCUGUCCGACUAGAAAAAUUUUGCUAGGCAUUCCCCUCUAUGGACGGAGCUUUCUCGGGGUUAGCGGACCAGGACAUCGAAACAAGGGCGCAGGAGGCGAAGACGGCGUAUUCGAAUAUAGCACGUUGCCAAGAAAACAUGCCAAAGAAUCUGUGGAUAAACGGAUAGGGGCUGCGAGUUGCGUCGGAGGGGAUGGAGGAUUUGUCACCUACGAUAACCCGGAUACCGUCAAGAUGAAGGCAGCAUACUGCAAACAGAAAGGACUCGGGGGCUUGUUCUAUUGGUCCGGACCCGCUGACUCCCGGGAAAAAUCUCGAAGCUUGAUCGCGGCCGGAUUUCGAGCGUUGCAUAGUUCGUAA